AGCUUACGUGGGAUUCCCUCGCUGCCGCCGCUGCUCUCGGCGACUCGCCGGCCAUGCAAAAAUUUCCCUGCCUCAAUGGAACGCAUCGGAGCUGCUUCGCUCCGAAACAUGAAAUGCUCGCGGAUCGCGGACGAUGUGUGUAUGCCCUGAAUCUCAUGCAUCAUCGAAGAGGAAAAGAGGCGAUGAAGGUCGGCAAUGGAGGCUUGAAGCUAGUAGGUCGAUGAGGGUUCGUUUCCCCUGUUUGAGAUGGGCGCCCACGAACUCGCAUCUCAUCACCGUUCUACCCUGUGCACCACCCUUCGCACCGAACUGUGUUGCAAGUCAUCAAAUCCGGAGCGAGACCCAAUGCCGCAGCGCUGCGCCAAAUUUAGAAGUAGAAUAUUGUAGUGGGUCCCAAAACCCUUAGCCAGAAAAGCAAACCAGAAUGCGAACCAGGGCUGUGUGUAGGGGAGUCACUAGAGAAGCGUGACAACCAGUGAAGCAAGCAUUCACGCGAGGGGAGUAGAGAGAGUAUUGUGGCGGGAGGGAGGCUCGUGUACUCUUCUCCUCGCCUUACCUGAUACCACUCUGCCCUUUUUGAUUGUGUGUCGUCGGGUGGCAAGAGGCUUCGGACCGAGGAAUUGGAGAUCCUGUGAGCCAUUUGCAGGAAUUUUGUAGGUUGUAUAUCGUCGUCAUGACUACUCCGCUGCACAUCACAUGCCACUAUGAUCUCAAGGCAUGGGUCAAGAAAUAUAGGCGAUCGCUGCUGAUUGCAGCUGGACUGGUGGGAGGAGGGACAGCAAUUUAUUAUGGAGUCCAAUAUUUAGGGUUGGAUUCACAAUCACGAAAAGAAAGAGAUGCCGCACGAGUUGCACUAGUGCAGAAGGAAGCGGAAGAACGUGCCGAAGUGCAGUUGCAGAGUCAUUUUGAGGGCAUUCAGAGGAUAUCAGAUUCUACAACAUUACCUUCAGUGUUACCACACCUGAAAGCUAGCCUGUACUCUAAGGUUGACCUGGAAGGAUUAACUGACAAACUGAUGUUAUGCAAAGUGGAUCCGCAAUUGUUGAGUCACAGGGAUAAGAUGCAGCUGUGGCAAGAACUGAAGACUCGAAGUUUUGCUCGCACAGUUUGUGCAAUGACAGCAGUUAGUCUGCUUGAUCUCUUCAUCCGCAUUCAACUGAAUAUCCUUGGAAGGCGUGUGUAUUUUGACACCGCCAGAAAUAUGAUGAAUUCCGAGGAUUCGCAUGUGCCUUUAUCCAUGAGUGUGCAACACAAGUUCAUAGCUUUCGCUGGAUACUUGCAUCACAAAGGUCUAGCGACUCUUGUUGCAGACACUUACAAGGUGGUGGAAAUUGUACUAAGAGGGAAACAACUUAAGGAGCCUUAUACAAUUGACGAACUUAGGGAUGUUUUUAUGAAAAUUCGAGCAAGCUUGGAUAGCAGGAGAUCACCCUGGGUUCAAUACGUUCUUCCACCAGAGAAUGUAUUGCCGGAUGAGUUUGUAGCCACCUCUUCAGCUGCAGAUGCAGCCGCCUCAGUUUCAGAUAUGACACAUGAAGAUGACGUGCUUGCCCAGCUCAUGAAUGAAACUAGGGCAGUUGUGUCGAGCGAUGAAUUUAAUGAAGUUCUGGCUGUUUGUCUGGAUGCUAUAUUGGAUGGAGUCAUGGAGGAGCUUUAUACCAUUUACAGAGGAUCUCCGGAUAAUAGCAUUCCUCUGGCCAGGAUGCUUCCUCCUGUAGCAGGAGCUGGGUCCACACUUUUGGAACAUCCCGAUGAAAACCGUUUUAUAAGUAUAUUGGCAAACUUGCCGCAAGUGCAUGCAUUUUGUGCCUUGGUGUACACUAAUUCAAGUGAGGAGGUAGUGGCAUCGGCUAGCACAGUAGAAGUCGUUUGAAGAUGCGUACGAUAAAUGUUAGGAUAGUUCUUGACACGAACUAACACAGAUUGGAGGAAGUUAAAAUUGGGCUUACUCCCUUUCUUGAGAGUCUGCCUGCAGCGUACAUAUCGGAACUUUUUUCGGCAGCUAUCUGAAGGUGAUUUUUGGCCUUGAUGUCUGAUCCUUUUCUUGAAAUGGUGAGCCUUUCAGCUCAUCACAAGCGAAAUACCAUCUUAGACGUUGAAAUAAUUUUAUAUUCAUCCACAAUCUAGUUUCAUUCUCGUCAGCUGACUUCUUCACUUAAGUUGCAGUUUUGUUUAGAAGCGCAGCUGAAGCUUAACUGAACAGGUAUUGAAGCAUCCCGCGGAGGUCUAGUUCUCUGGCCGAUUUUGAAGGAGCGGUCUUGAAAUUCCUUUAGAAUGUUUCGAAAGACUUGUAGAAAACCGAAAUGAAAAUAAACUUGAAUUUAGAUUCUUUGCACUUCAUGAGCAGUGUAAGAAUCAGUGGAAAUUGAUGCGAAGGAAAAAGUUUUAACUA